AUGAGGGAGUCUCAUUCUGUACCAUUUCAGUUUGUUGAUGGAGAUUUGUUGUUGUGUUCUUUGGAGCAGUUUCAAAAAAGAUGCCUUUUUCUUCUUGAUUUCGCGAAAGAGGUUAGAGAGACUCUCGAAGGUGUUAAGGCUAGUAGUGAUCACCCUUUUAGCGGUGAAGAUGUGAAAAUAUCCGAUCUUUGUUGGGCCAUGUCGGCUGUUUCGACUCGAGCGUUUUGCUUGCAUCAUGGUAAUGGAAAGCUUCAUGACUAUGGCUUUGUGGUUGAGUCAAACCCAUACGACACGGUUGAGCUUAAAUACGACGAAGGGCUUUUGGACACUGCAAGCAUGGUGGUUGGUAUUGCUUCUCCAAAAUUCUCUUCACCAGCUCCAUGGCAACAUCAGUUGCUUUCCCAAUUAAAUCUAGCCGGGAAAAUGCCAGACCUCAAGGUAACCUUAGGAGGGCAAGAGAUAGUAGAGGGAAGACUAUUGGCAGCUAUAAGAAUACUGCUUUCCAGUGAAAUGGUGGAAGUAGAGAAGCAUGACUUAGACACGCUCAAAUCUUUAUCCUCCACAGCCUCUCUUGGAAUUGCCAACGAGAUUGCCACUUCCCGCACUGUUAUAGCUCAAAUCUUUAUCCUCCAUUGCCCCUCUUGGAAUUGCCAACGAGAUUGCCACUUUCCGCACUAUUAUAGCUCUUUGUGUACUUGCAGACUUUGUAUUGAGACAUUUUCCGACAAAGGAAAUGGAAGACGAGGUUAUACUGAAAAAGGUGUUUCAGAAACAGCACAGCUGAGUAUCAAGUACCGAAUCCAGAAAAAAUCAGUGAUCACUGGUGUCAUCGAAGACCUCAGAAGAAGGGUUUGA